AUGAACCGUAUCAAACGUGUCUUCAAGCGUAAAAACUCCGUGUCCGAGAGCCAGGAGCGUCCUGAACACGAAGACUCUCAUGACGAGGAUUCCUGCGCUCAAAUCCCAACCAGUUCCCCUUCUAAACUGAAGCGUGCUGUAAAAACUUCUGACAUCAGUUUUCCGGCCACACAAUUUGGUCCCGUCCUGCCAUGCACUCACACCAAGUCUUACUCUGUCGGCGGAAAUGAGACCGAGGCGCCUUUAUCCGAUGUAAAUUAUUUGACUCGUCCUCGUACGCCUCCCCCCAUGUAUCUGGAUCAGUUCUUCCUCGACCUAUUUCCGGCGCCUCCCACGCAUGGGCAGGUCAAGGAAAUCGAAACAUAUGCCCUCGCUUUCCCGUCUGAGCCGCGCAUGGCUGAUAAUCGCAUACUUGUCUACCCCCCUCACGAAGAACUACCUCCUCUUCUUCCGAAAUUGGAACAUAUGGUGGAACAACAACGCUUGAAGAGGAGGACCGCGACUUCUUCGGUAUCUUCACUGAAGAAACGUGAACUUCUGCUUUCAAACGCAACUGCCAAGAAGAGGAAAUUUGUAGUCUCGGAGUCUGUACCCAGUGUUAAGCGCGAACCCUUAGCUCGGAACUAUGCCAACACCAAUGCAGGCCACGUAAAGACGGCUUUACCGCCGUCCUCGCUCCUUUUUAAUAAACCUCUUCCUCCCAUCCCAUCCCAUUCUCCCCCUCCUUCAAAGUCGCUCCCUCGUUCCUCAAUAACUCCGCCUAACCUCAGGAACAAGACCAGCUUCUUCAUCGACCGUGCUGUAACCCGACCGCGAACCAACUCCACUCAUAGCCUUGGUGCUAGUGUUCGCUUGAACACAACGCCAGUGGCCCAACUAGGGAAGGUCACUACCGGGAAGGGUCUAAUUCCGCACCCCAAAUUGGGUUGUGUGUGUUUCCGUCGCAUCCCAGAUGUCCCUCAGAAUGUUGGCAUCUACGACCGUGAUAAUCUAUUGUUAGAAGAGCCAGAAGAAGUGGACAAACCGAGAAACAAACAAUGUCGUUGUGCCGUCCUGAUCGACGAAACAGGCAACAUCGCUGGGAGGGUGGACCAUUAUCUUCCUACCUGUCCUAAGUAUACUGAUGGGCAAUAUGCAUAG